AUGUCCGCUAUUACUAAUCCAUUACAAAGAUAUUUAACUCCUGAACAAUUUGAUAAAUGUGUUUCAUUUUAUGAAGCUGAUCAAAAAUUAAAUCAUAAUGAUCGGACUAUAAUUGCAUCAAAUUUACAAAAAAUUGGUAUAAUUUCAAAUUUUUCAGGUUAUACAUUUGGUUUGUUAGGUUUCUUUGUAUGUGAGAAACAAAAGCUAUUCAAUUGACACCCAAGUAAGGAUGCGAGUAAGGAUGCAAGUAAGAAUUUCAAUAAAAAGUUUGCAUCCAACAAACACCGUGGGUGUCAAUUGGUCAAAAUUAGAUAGAGUCUUUUUUACUAACUAUUAUCAGGCACCAACAUUUUAUUACAGAUUAAUCACAAAAGGACCACCACAACCAUUAUUUCUCCUCCAAAGACCAAUAUUAUCAUUUUUCAUUGGUUUUGGUUCUUUAAUAGGUUCAACAAAUCUACUUAUUAAAUAUUUAUUUGAAAAACAACAAUCUGCCAAAGAAUUCUCUGAUCCAAAUAUUGAAAAUGUUUAUAAAUUAAUGGAUUGGAAAUUUUUAAAUGCAUUUACCUUAUAUUAUGCAAGAACUAGCUUUAAUCCAAUGUUUAUAAUUAGAGAUCCAAGAUUAUGUACUAAUGAAUCAAUGAUAGAUCAAAAGAAAAAACAUUAUAGUGAAGUUUAUGGUUUGGGUGAAAAAGAUCAAGAUGGUAAACAUCAUGAAUUGAGUAUGUGGGAUAGAAUUAGAUUGGGUCAUGGUGGUGAAAUCAGUCAUGAUUCUGCAAAGUAA